UUGGUAAAGAGAAACGCGGAGUUGACUCCGAUAGGAAAUCGUUGCUGGUGGUUUCUCUCUCUUUUUUCUUUUUGAAAAUUUCUCCGCCGGCGUGCGACUGCAUUGCCAUUAAUUGUGCCAAAAUAAGCAACCGGCAAUUCACAUCGUUGCAGGCAUGGCUUGCUCCGGCCAAUUGAAUUAUUUUGCCGGCUUCUUCCUCCUAUCCCUUUUCCUUGUGCUCCGUCUUCCCAUAUCCCUGCCCGCCUACCUGGGCAACUACUGCCCGACAGACUCCAACUUCACCUCCGCCGGCGCCUACCAGUCCAAUCUCGACCUCCUCCUCCCCUCCCUCGCCUCCGAGGCCAUCGCUACUGGCUACCACAACGCCACCACUGGCCGGACACCAGACCAACCCCACGGCCUCGCCCUCUGCCGCGGUGACGCCUCUUCGGCCGUCUGUCGAACCUGCCUCAACACCUCCGUCCAUGACGUCCGCCAGCGGUGCCCGCUCGGCAAGAGCUCCACCAUCUGGUACGACGACUGCCUGCUCCGCUACUCCGACCGAAGCUUCUUCUCCGAAGUCGACGCCUCCUUCCCCCUGUACCAGUACAACGGCUACAACGCGUCGGACCCCGCCGCGUUCCACCGCGUCCUGACCGAUCUCGUGGGGGUUCUCGUCGAAGAAGCAUCCGGAAACGCGUCGAGCUUGUUCGCAGCUGGGUGGGCGAGUGUCCCCGUUGCUAACGCGAGCGACGUGUACGGGCUGGUGCAGUGCACGAGAGACCUGUCGACCGACGACUGCGGCCGCUGUCUCCGCGACGCCGUGGCGAACCUCUCCAGCUGUUGCUACGGCCAGCUGGGCAUGAAGAUUUACGGCCAGAGUUGCUACUUCCGCUACGAGAACUAUCCUUUCUUCGAACUCUCGAGCGGCAGUGCGGUGCUUUUGUCUCCGCCGCCAGCCGCUUCUCCGCCAUCCGCUCCGCCGUCUACAUCCACCGAGACAGGAACAAACAGAGGGAACAAGAGCAACUCAUGGAAAAUAAUCGUUAUAGUUUCCACUUCAGCACUAUUUUUCCUCCUCGUUUGUUCCUUGCUGUGGUGGAAGUGCAAUGCCAGACUAAGAGAUCACUGGAAUAGGCUCCCGACACCACAAACUGAGAGCACUGAGAAUCUGUUCAGAGAAUGGAAGCCGAAUUUAUCAGGGCUGAAUGGCAAUGAGGUGCUCCAAGAGAGAGAUGGAUCAAGACCAACUUCGUUUGAUUUUGCUACCGUAGCAGCAGCCACCAGUAACUUCAGCGAUUCCAACAAGCUCGGAAAAGGAGGUUUCGGCUAUGUUUACCAGGGUUCUUUACCUGGAGGACAAGAAGUAGCCGUGAAGAGGCUCUCGACAAACUCUCACCAAGGCUUACAGGAGUUCGAGACAGAGGUCAUGGUGAUCGCCAAAUUGCAGCACAGGAACUUGGUCAGGUUGCUUGGCUACUGCAUUCAGGGCGAAGAAAAGAUACUGAUCUACGAGUAUAUGCCCAACAAGAGUUUGGAGGCAAUCCUCUUCGAUCCUGAAAAGAAAGCACUACUAGAUUGGCCUACCAGGUUCGACAUUAUAGGAGGGAUCAUUCGUGGACUCAUUUAUCUACAUAGGGACUCUGUUUCGAGGAUCGCACAUCGCGAUCUAAAACCCAAUAAUAUUUUGUUGGACAAGGACAUGAAUCCCAAAAUAUCCGACUUUGGAUUUGCGAGGAUUUUCAUGGACGAGCAGAAUCAGGGCAACACAAGGAAGCCUGCCGGAACCCUUGGUUACAUGUCGCCUGAGUACACGAUCAAAGGUCUGUUUUCCGAUAAAUCUGAUGUAUACAGCUUUGGGAUUAUCGUGCUGGAAUUGGUGACCGGCAAGAGGAGCAAUAGCUUUCAUGAACUGGAGGAUACUCCUACCCUAGCAGGAUAUGCAUGGAGUGUGUGGAGAGAAGGGAAAGCAGACGAUCUUGUUGAUGCAUCGAUACGAGGAACUCCGUCCUGCUCGAUGAAUCAAGUGCUGAGAUGCAUUCACAUAGCGCUCCUGUGCGUCCAGGAUCGUGCCGUCGAUCGGCCGGACAUGCCCGCCGUCGACCGCAUGAUGGCGAACGACUGCGACAUCGCACAGACCCCUAAGAAACCAACGUUCACGUUGGAGCCUCCCGCUCAGCCUGAAACCAGAAAUGAAAUGACAGUGACGAGCCUUCAAGGUCGGUAGUCAACGCUGGCUUCUGAUCAUGUUGACUAAUUGUCUGCUCUAAUUUCACCAAACUUAUUAAUAUGGGAGGUUAAUAAUAUCUUAAACUAUGAUUAAUUUGGAGUAGUUCCUAUAAUGUGUACAAGCUAUACAUAAUCGAUCGUGGUAAGUUAAUUUUCAUUUAAAAUGAAGUGGGUGUUAUAGUUCUCUA